AUGUCCUUUCCGGCCAAAUCAAAAGACGUAUGCUCUGGGUGUCGCUCCAGGAAGAAAAAGUGCGAUGGCACCCGGCCAGCAUGCACGCCGUGCUUGAAGCGUGGAGGCAUAUGCGUGUACACACCGCCGCCAACCAACACACAACUGACGUUUGCGGGUGACAGCUGGUUCGCCGCGGAUAACCUGGAUGCGGCGCUUGCCGACGUGGCGGGCUGGCCGGCAGCUGGCUUCGCGGAUGUCCCGCUGCCGCCAGGUGAUGACGGCGUGCUGCCCCUGGCUGCAACCGUGGCAGAACAGCCAUCGUGGCUUGGGCUGGAAAGUGGCAUACCGAUGACGGAGACAAUCCAAGGGCUGCCGACGCCUGAAAACGCAAGCCCCAACUCUUCGUCUGAGCCGGCCAUGCCACCUUUGGACGCCACCCUAGAUUUGGUUAAAGUAUUCUUCGAGAGGUUCUACCCAAGCCUGCCCAUCAUGCACAAAGGCAGGCUCAUAUCCCGCCUCCAAACACACGGCAUCGACGACAUCCCCCCUCUCCUUCUCCUCGCUAUCAUGACCGUCGCCGCCAGCGGGCACCCUAACCCGCAAAUCCGGGCGGCCCAGGCCCACUGGCGCGUCCUCGCCCGCGACGCGCUGAAAAAGUCGCUGCCGACCGAGGAGCAUCCCCUGCAGACGCUGCAGGCCGCCCUGAUGCUCAUCUUUGACGCGCUGCAGGAGGGCGACUACCCGGUGACGUGGAUGAUGCUCGGCGAGGCGUGGCGCAAGGCGGCCGUCAUUGGCUACCACCAGGUCGACGCGCUCGACAACGAGACCAUGGUGCAGUACCUCGGCUCCGUCGAGGACCUGGACGAGGUGCAGCGCGAGGAGUGCCGGCGCGUGGUGUGGACCUUUUUCAUACUGGAUCGCGGGCUGUGCUAUCCGAUUGGCAUGGUGCAUGCGGUGGACGAGCGCCGUCUUGUAGUCAAUUUUCCAAUCAGCGAGGAUGAGUUUCAGAAUGCCGAGGUGCCGGAUAUGGACAGGCCGGUGCUCAGGUAUACGAAUGACAUGGACCGACUCAUUGCGCGCGUGCGGGAGCAUGGGCGAUGCACGCUGCUGCACUACAUUAUCCUCGCGUAUGUGCUGCUCGGCCGCGUCACGGAGGAAGUGUACAUGCAGGAUGCCGAAGUGCAGAGCACAGCAGCGCUGGAUGGGCUCAUUGAGAGGCUGGUGCAAAUCCGCCUUCUGUUGCCGGGCUAUGCGUCUGACCUGUCCCUCGCGAAACCGGCAGACGUGCCAUACGUCGUUUGGCUGUCGGCCGUGCUGGGCGUCAGCACGAUAUUCCUGCACCACCGCGCCGUGCCUCGCGGCGACGAGGACAAUGCCUCAAAUUCUGCCGACGUGGCGGCGACGGCGGCAGCCCAGUGGCCGCAUGCGGUGCGCACGGCCCGCAACACGGUGCAGCUGCUCCGCGACGCGUGCCGCGCAGGCUCCGGUUCGUCAUUCAUGCUGGCGCACACCACAGCGGCGCUGUUUGUGAGCACGCGCGUGCUCGUCAUGGAGUACCUGUUGUCGGGCGCGAAGCGGGACAGGGCGCUGCGGUCGGAUCUCGAGGUGCUGGCGGCGGUGAGCAUGCAGGCGCACGGCUCGCUGGGCAUGCUGGGGCGCAAGUUCAUCGUCGGGUUCAAGUUUCACGUGCGCAUGCGCGAGAAGGAUGUCCGCGCGAGCAAAGACUACGGAGCCAAGGGCCUGCUGAAGCGAUGCGGAGACUGGGCCGUCGCGGACGAUGGCCGAGACAUUGUGAUUCCAGAGUGA